GCAAGUAAAUUGAAAUCAAACCCCUAAUCCAUCCCAUUUCCCCUCUCUCUAAAACCCUAUAAAUACUUUUCUUGAAGUGAACCCAGAAAUCAAAAAGCCAACUACAAUGGCCACCGAAGACUACAACUCCUCAGAUUGGGAGAAGCUCUCCUCCGACCUCUCCUCUUCCUCCUCCGACGAAGAGCCGGCCGCUAGAACCGACACCGACUCCGACACCGACUCCGACUGGUUCGUCGUCAAGAAAAAGGAACAAAAGCGCAAACAAGAAUCGGACGACGACGACGACGUCGACAUGGUAAGAUUCUACUGCCCCCAAGAAGAUUCCGAUCACGACGAUCUCACCUUCUUGAAAGCAGUCCUCGGCGAUUGCAUCCCCGAAAUCAUGGCCGAAGAAAAAUUCUCUCUUGACUACAUCGAGCAGGACGUUUUCCCUCGUCUCCCCACAAGAGCCCUCCUCCGCCUCGGGCCCGCUUCGGCCCGUUGGGCCCGAUGGAUCUCCAGCCCGUUCUUCAUCCACACGCACUCUCUAACCGCCCGAUCUUUAUCGGGCUUCUUCUUCCACAACUCGAGGGGGUCUCCAUCGUUUGUAUCGCUCGACGUCGAAUCUUGCUUGUUGCCUGAUCCUUCGCUUUCUUUCCUCCCUGAGCCUGUUCAUAUUAAAGCGUCGAAUUAUGGGUUGAUCUGCUGCAGAGGCCGUCGGAGUUUGAAAUACUACAUGUGCAACCCGACGACAGCACAAUGGGCCUUGCUGCCGCCCCCGGCCCACGACCAUGGAGACGACCCUGCUGUCGUCAUUGUGAUGCAAGAACCCGUAACCUACAACUUUGAUGCGGAUUUUUUUCUUGUUUGCGCGUAUGAGAUCUUUGAAGGGGUUUUUGGGUUCGAGACUUUCUCCUCGGAGAAAUGGGAGUGGAGAAAUUCGAACGAGAUUGUAGCCGCAGAGAAGAUCGUGUCGGGUUGUCGGGUUCAGGGGUGUCGGUACUGGGGGCUGCGUACUGGAGGACGACAUUGCAGAGCGUGGUGGCGUUCGAUCCGGUGGCGGACACGUGGCGUGAGAUGA